AUGGCUUUACGCUUCUGGGAUUCUUCUCUCCAACAUCUUAUAAACCAAGACGUUUUCAGCUUCCCACAAACACAAAUUCCAGAGCUUCAAGAACCGCUCGUCGCACCUCAUUAUUUCUUUGACAAUUUCAACUAUGAUUUUCCACUUUCAGACACUUCCAUUGAUCCAAUCUUUGAAGCUAAUAAUAACCAUUCCUCCUACUACUCAGAAAGUAACAACUACAUCGAUGUCCUAAAUAUCCCAAGCUUUCACUACCCACCACCACAAAACAAUCAUGUAGUCCCAGAUGAUGAUACGAUCUCCUCAGAAACGAUAUUCCCUCACCCCAAACGACAAAAGAUCACGUACCAAAACCAAUGUCGUUUCAACAGCGGCAAUAUUUGUAGUUCCGAGUUCUCAAACGGGUAUUUUCUGAACCCUCCCGGGCUGAUAUCGAUUCCGGAACCUAUUGGGAAUGAUAACAUUAUUGGACAAGUUCAAGAAGGAGUAGUUAACUCUUGUGGAUACAAGCAUAAUGAAUUUCACGGUGAUGAGGUGAAAAGGCAGAUGAGGAUCAGUUGUAGCAAUGGUGGUAGACUAGUGUUGUCGCCACAGAGUAUCGCAGCCCGUGAGAGAAGGAGGAAGAUAAGUGAGAAGACUGAGCAGCUUGGAAUGCUGAUUCCAGGUGAGAACAAGAUGAGUACUGCUGAGAUGUUCGAUGCUGCUGCUAAGUACGUCAAGUUUUUGCAGGCCCAACUUGCUGUUCUUCAACUCAUAGCCUCCAUUCAGAAUAAGCAGGAGGAAAAGAAGGGAACAUUGCAUUUGAAAGAACUGGCAGUGUUAGCAUCUCCAAGUGUUCAAGAAAAGUUGUACUUAGAAGAAAAAUGCUUGGUUCCCAAUGAGUUUGUUCAAACUCUAGCCAACACGCCACCAUCAUGA